AUGUUUGCAUUGGGGAUAUGUACAAGAGGAACACGGGCAUCUGGGCUUCUGCUGAAGCUUUGUUCCCGGCGCUUGGUGAAAUUUGCAUCGACGUCGGCUUCGCUGCAGCCGCUUUCGUCGUUGAGUGAUGCCGAACUCGGCCCGUCGAUCCUCUGGACUAGCAAGAAUUUGCCGCCCGGCUCUACGAAGACGCCUCACGAACUGAUAUCGAGAGGAGUACUCUUCGCGAAGAGUUUAUCCCUGGCUUCAUCGGUCGUUGGAGCUGCGAUGUUGCCCGUGCUGUCCUCGUAUCUAUGGGAGGCUGCUCAAGAAAGGCCGGCGACUAUGGCCCUCGCCAUCGUGGCGAACGGCUUUCUAGUGCUACUGUCGUUUACUCCAUUUUUGCUACAUUUCUUGGCCAAGCGUUUCCCGAUCGAAGUGCAUUACAACGAAAAGGAGAAGAUCGUCACCACGAUUCACUACGACUUUUUCCUGCGAAAGCGCGCACUUCGUUUCAAGCCAGAAGAUGUCGUGGAUGCGGCGAUUGCCCCGGAAAUGAAGAAAGUGUGGUUGCCACUUGCCACAGUGUUCGUGAAAGGAUUUCCUCUGCUGCUAUCUCUGGACCGACGACAGUACGCGGAUCAAUUAGCUUUCCUGGAAAUAACGAAGAAUGUAAACAUUCCCCCGGACCACGAU